AUGGAUACCCAGCAAUCAUUAUCCUCCAUAGAAAUUAAGCAGAACAGAAAUAAAGUUGGGCCACAGCCUCAGAGAAUCUUUGGCGUUCCCCUUGACUACUCAGCCCAAGAUGCACCUCACCAUCAUGUUCCUUCAGUUGUCAAACACAUAGUGGGAUAUUUAGAAGAGUUUGGACUGAAUCACAAAGGCUUAUUUCGGAUCAGUGGCUCAGCAACCAAAAUCAAAGCGCUGAAGCAGAAGUAUGAUCAAGGAGAAGAGGUGGAUCUUGUUAAUGAAGGAGAUGUCAAUUCCAUUGCCAGCCUUCUUAAACUCUUCCUGAAUGAGCUCCCAGUUGCUGUUUUCCCUGACAAUCUGUGCACCGAUAUUUUAGCCACUUUUGAAGAUAAUAUAAACCAUAUGGCAGAAUGCACAAGAUGUCUAAAACGGCUAUUAAGCAACCUGCCAAGAGCCCACUAUAGCCUUUUCCAUUUCCUUACUAGAUUUCUGGUCAAGGUGGCAUCGUAUAGUGAUGUGAAUCAUAUGACAAUGGAGAACCUAGCCAUUGUUUUUGGCCCCACCCUUUUCCGAAUUCCUUGCAGUCCUUCAGCUGGUGAAAAGCAAACACUUUGCAAUGCCAUUCUCCUGCAUUUUCUCCAGCACUACGAAGAGCUGUUUGUGGACUGCCUUGAGAGCCAUUCCUCAUUGGUGGAGGCAGAUGACCCUCAGAUUCUAUCCCCUACCCUGCUGUCCCAAGGGUUGACACAACAGACAGAGGAAAUCCAUCAUCCAUAG